AUGCCCGCUGGUGGUCCCAAUACGGAGCAGUUGCUGCGAAAGGAGGCACAACAAGAGCAUUUGCAAGAGCAUUUGACCCAUGGAGUGCGGAAGAUGCCAAUGCAGCAGGUGCGCAGGCGCGAGUCAGCAAGGUCGGCAGCAUAUGACAGUGGAGAGGCACAACCAAAGGCAGCAGCAUUCGACAAGGACGCUCUGAAGAAGCUUGCAGAGCAGGCUGCGAAGAAUGCUGAAGUGGAGGAGAAGGAAGAAGAAGAAAGAGCUGCGAGAGAAAAGGCGGCUCAGGAGGCAACUGCGGCCGCCGUGCAAGCUGUGGUAGCGCAACAACAGGCUGCACAAGCGCAGCAGGAAGCGCAGGCAGCGCAAGCAGCGCAGGCACAGGCCGCACAGGCUGCGCAAGCAGCUCAAGCAGCACAAGCAGCCCAGGCGGCCAAAGCAGCCCAGGCGGCUCAGGUCCAGGCACAAGCCAAAGCGCAAGCUGUCCCAGCUGUCCCCGCUCCUGUUCUCCCAGCGCCAGUUGCACCACCUCCUCCGUCACCGCAGAUCCCCCAAAUUGUCCCACCCCCACAAGCUCCAAUGCCCGGAAUCCUUCCAAGCGCUCCAGGCGCUCCUGUAGUUCCACCUCCCCCACCAGGACAGCCAAGCCCUCCAGCUUAUGAUUUGGAGGCCCUCAAGCGCCUUGCUGGUGGUUUGCCAGGUGCACCUCCAGUGCCUUUGCCAGAUUCCAGGGCAGUACCCAAAUCUAUGGGAUUCUCUGGCUUCACGCUGCAGACGAAUGCGCCUGCUCAAAGAGACAAUGACUCAGUUCAGAAAAUGCUGGCACGAUUGCAGGGCAAUGUCCAAGGGGCCAAGCAGGCACUCUCUGCGACUGGAUCGGCACCUGUUCCACUUCCGUUUGUCCAGCACACCUCCCACAAGCUUUCCGGCAAUUCCGGACUUGCAGAGGCGGAAUGGGAGCCUUUGCAAGAAAAUGUCAAGGCAGCAACAAGCAGGUCCGAACUUGAGGAAGUUUCACGGGACUUUUUGAAGAAGUUUGCCUUCUUGAGUGUUGAGCAGAUUGCAGAGAUUCUCCGGCUUAUGGAAGUCAAGGCGGCAUCGUAUCCGAAGGAUUUCUAUAGUGAGCUGGGAAGCAUGCUCGGGCAUAAGCUGAAAUCAGCCACCAGUCCACAACUGGCACUUACGAUGAGCUCCUUCCUGUACUGGUCAGCGGAGGGCAGGCAACGUUUCAUCGAUUGCAGCCGUGACUUCUUAUCUGUUGCAACUUCGGAGGUGCCCACAAGGCUGAUGGAGUUGGCACCCCACGAGCUGAACUGCUGCUUGGCUGGCGUGGUCUCACUGGGCUGCUCUGAUCACAAGUUCUUUGUGUCAGUCGGAAAGUCUGCCCAGGCCAGGCACAAAACCUUUGGGCCUAAAGAGCUUGCUUCGCUUCUGACGAUUCUGUCCGAAGUGCGUCUGGUACACGUCGAUCUCUUCACCUCCGCAGCCCAAGCGAUUGCCCCUCGGGUUCGUGAGCUCCGCCCUGCAGAGCUCAUGCGCUGCACUAGGGCCUUGUCUCGUUGUGGAGUAAAGAAUGAAGCGUUUUGCCAAGCUGUUGGGGAUGAUAUUUGUGGCAGAUGGUCUAAACAAGCUGGCUUGCGCUGUGAAGACCUGGUGGAACUAUGCUGGUGCUUCGCUGUUCUUGAGGCCUACCAUCACGACUUGUUGCAGCUCAUGUUUCAGGUGCUCCGCGAAACGCAGAAGGUCUCGGCGGAUGCCCUGUGCCAGCUCUAUGAGCUUCAUUUGUCAUUGGAGGCCGAGCACAAAGCCCGAUAUGCCGCUCUUCGAAUAGACGACAAGGCUGUCAGUUCACUUCUUGAGCACUAUAAGGAAAAUCGGCGCGAGUGCAGAAGAUGUUCUGAGAAAGUGCGAAGUGAUAUUACGGCUGCAGUCAAAGGCCUCCUAGAGGGUCAUGUUCAGUCAAACCAUCGCACCAGCGUUGGCUUGCUUUCCGAUGUGGCGGCAAUGAGAAAGCGCUCAUCUACUGAUGGCUACGUGCAUAUUGACAUUGAUGGAGCUCUGUCUCUAAUCCGCCCAAUCGACCAGGAUGAGACGGCAGGCCCACUGGUUGACGGCCUUGGCCAGCACCUAGCCUGCGAUCUUGGCUGUGCAGCACAUGAGAAGGUGCUGGAGGAGUCACUUGAGCACUGGUGGGACCACCAGCUGCGGUGGACCUCGCUGCUUCAAAUCUGUACUCGAAUACGUCAUGCUGCUGCCAGCCACGCUUUCAUAGGGCUCAUUUUGAAGAAGCGGGUUUACUACAGAUGCUGCUCCUUCGAAUGUGAGGCCUCGUCACUUCUACAGGGAUUGACUGAGGUCGAUUUGCUUCUAAGCUUGGUUGCUGAAUUGGUACAAGAUGCCCAAGCAGAGCUGCCCAACAUGGUUUUCCUCUUCAAUACAGGUGACCAGCCCUUCACAGACAAAGCUUACUGGAGCCCAAUUCCGCAAUUCCACUGGGUCCGGAGCUUUGGUCACUGGACAGUGCCAUUGCCAAACCCCUUUCAUCUCAAGGCUUAUGCCAGGAAUCUCUUGGGUGAUUCAUCUAGACACACAAAGCAACAUGUGCAUUGGCCUCAAAAGAUUCCCAAAAUCUUCUGGAGAGGCUCCCUCUCAGCUCCGGACAACUUUGCACAUGACGACAUGUCCAGCUUACCGCGGGUACGGCUCUUGAAGUUGGCGAGAGAGCACCCCGAUCUCUUCGAUGUUGGGAUCACCAACAUAGAUAGAGAGAUCUACAAAGUUGCUGGUGUAUCGAACAUCAAAGACUUAAUGGAGAGUCUGGGCGGGACAGUGAAGCGCAGAAACCUUACUCGAGAGAUGCCGCGAUAUCGAUACUUGAUAAAUGUGGGUGCCGUGCUUUCCUCCUGGAGGCUUGUAGAUUUGCUGGCCACCAAAUCUGUUCUGCUCCUUCAAGAAAGCUCAGAUAGUGAGCUCGUAAUGGAAUGGCUUGUGCCAUGGCAACACUACGUCCCAAUCAGUCCUGGGCUGUCUGACCUUAUUGAGAAAGUUCAAUGGCUCAACGAAAAUCAAGAUGUUGCUGAAUCGAUCGCCGAGAAGAGUUUUCAGCGCUUCAGUGAGCGGGUGCGGCGUCACGACACCUUGUGCUACAUGUGGCAGGCCUUUCGAGCUGUCGCAGAUAUACAAACACAAGCAACCCUGGAAGAACUGAAAGAACUUGAGGCACAAGUUGCACAAGGUGACUGGACGGAAGUCAAAGCUGUGCUUGGCUUACUGAAAGAGCGAGAGAGACUUUCAGAGAAGGAUAACCCAAAGAUUGAAGCCAAUGACAUGGAGCUGUGA